CUGAUAGGUUGCCUUUUACUUUUCAGUCACUUCCUGAUACAAGAUUGUGUAUGAUUGUACCAUGACAAUAAGACCCCAGACACCAAGCAGGUCGAUCAACGCAGCAAUAAGGACCAACUUUUCGUACUGAAUCCGACAAAAGCGACUUCAACGCAUCUGUUUGCGGAUUGCCCUCGGUGAAGAAGAUGGACUACUGGGGUGCCGUGGAGGUGUACAAGGAGAUGGUGCUGCUGUACGUGGAGGAAGGUCGUCGGCUGGUGAACUCGCAGUGUGCCAACCUGGAGCCCUGGCAGAUCAUCGCAGCCACCAUACUCGCCACUCUCGGAGCAGUAUGGGUCAAAGGGCUCAUUUUUCAACCAGAGAGCCUGAUGUCACGAAUCAAGAAGCGCUUCUUUCGCCUCGUCAGAAAAAUACCCUUUGUUGGAAACACAAUCCAAACCCAGCUCAACAAGGCCUUGGACGACAUGUCGGAGAGCCUGUGCUCACUGAAGGAUGGCAUGACCUACACCAAAAGCCUGCCGAAACAGGGGCUGACCCACGAGCAGGUCUUGCAGCGCAUCCGAGAGUACCAGUCCCUCAAUGAGGUGGACUGGGAGAAUGGCAAGGUGUCCGGAGCCGUGUACUGGGGAGAUGACACGCUAACCAAGCUGCUGGUGAAGGUAUAUGGGGACUUCGCCUGGAGUAACCCCCUUCACCCGGACAUAUUCCCCGGGGUGAGGAAGAUGGAGGCCGAGGUUGUGCGCAUGACCUGCGACCUCUUCCAUGGAGGACCGGACUCCUGUGGCACAGUGACGUCUGGGGGCACGGAGAGCAUCCUGAUGGCCUGUAAGGCCUACAGGGACAUGGCUUACGAGCGCGGCGUCAAGCAUCCCGAAAUUCUUGCUCCUGUCAGCGUCCACGCUGCCUUUGACAAAGCUGCUCAUUACUUUGGGAUGAAACUGGUGCACAUACCCCUAAACAAUACCACCAUGCAGGUGGAUGUAAAGGCUAUGAAGAGGGCUAUCUCUAAGAACACAGCCAUGCUAGUAUGCUCCGCCCCGCAGUUCCCUCAUGGAGUCAUGGACCCCAUCCAGGAGGUUGGGGAGCUGGCUGAGCGGUAUAACCUUCCCCUCCACGUGGAUGCCUGUUUGGGAGGAUUUCUCAUCCCGUUCAUGGACAAAGUUAAUUUCCCUCUCGCACCGUUUGACUUCCGGGUCAAAGGAGUGACCAGCAUCUCUGCAGAUACGCACAAGUACGGCUAUGCCCCCAAGGGCUCCUCGGUGGUGCUGUACAGCAAUAAGAAGUACCGCCACUACCAGUACUUUGUGGCCCCCGACUGGCAGGGUGGCAUCUACGCGUCCCCGUCGGUGGCGGGCUCACGGCCAGGGGGCAUCAUCGCGGCGUGCUGGGCCACCAUGAUGCACAUGGGCCUCAACGGAUACGUGGAGACCACCAAGAAGGUCAUCCAGACUGCACGCAACAUCCAGGAAGAGAUGACAAAAAUUGAUGGGAUAUUCGUUUUCGGGAAGCCAGAGGUGUCUGUGGUGGCGAUAGGAUCAGACGUCUUCGACAUCUUCCGCUUGUCCAACGCCCUCACGUCCAAGGGCUGGAAUCUCAACACCCUGCAGUUUCCCUCUAGCAUCCAUAUUUGUGUGACAGUGCUGCACACACAGCCAGGUGUGGCUGACAAGUUCGUCAGUGAUGUCCAAGAGCAGGUGGCAUUCAUACUGAAGAAUCCCAAUGAGAAGACAACGGGAAUGGGAGCUAUUUACGGUAUGGCACAGUCCAUCCCGGACCGCUCUUUGGUGACGGAGAUUUCUCACGGCUUCCUGGACUGCCUGUACAGCACGGAGCUGCCCAAGUCUGCCCAGAGCAACGGCAAAGCAAUGACCAACGGAAAAGCCCAGACCAAUGGCAAAGCCCACUGAGACAUGCCAGCACCCGCAGAGGCUUCACAUACUGCCUUACACCCACCUCUCUCUCUCUCUUUCUCGUGCAUGCGCUCUCUCUCUCUCUCUCUCUCUCUCUCUCUCUCUCUCUCUCUCUCUCUCUCUCUCUCUCUCUCUCUCUCUCUCUCUCUCUCUCUCUCUCUCUCUCGUGCAUGCUCUCUCUCUCUCUCUCUCUCUCUCAGCUGAGAUAUGGCAGUAGAUUUUGCGUUCCUUCACCCACACAAUGCCUUACGCACCCCACCCCUUCCCCCCUUACCUAGUGCACCUUUUCUCUCUCUCUCUCUCUCUCUCUCUCUCUCUCUCUCUCUCUCUCUCUCUCUCUCUCUCUCUCUCUCUCUCUCUCUCUCUCUCUCUCUCUCCCCCUCUCUCUCUCUCACUCUCUCCCCCUUUGUCUCUCUCCCCCUUUGUCUCUCUGCCCCCAAAUGGCCAGUGUCUCUUUCCAAGCACAAUGACAGACGGCAGUGAAAUGAAGUUUGGUGUUGCUUUCGUUGUGUCAUAAGUGCACUCGAAAGUAUAUGAAAUGAAAAGACUCUUGCUUUUGUGUGUGAAAUGUCAGGGAGGGCUUGUUUUUUUUUUUUUAAGUGAGGGGAUGUUUGUGUUGUCUGGGAGAAGUUGCACGCCUGUCUGGUGGACCCCCUUGACCCGUUUGUCCACCAUGAUGUCUUGGAUGACUUGCUUUCUAGGAGUGUGACUAUCGUCAUGUUCACUUUGACAAAACUACUAGAUGAGGAAGUUUCGCCUCUACUAUAAAAGGACCCUGUACCUUUUCGACGCUAAUGGCUAAUUUUGGUCGAUAAGGUGACACAGGAUUGUAAUAGAUUGUAAUACCACUCAUCGAUAUCGUUCAACAAUAUUACUCAGUAAUACUAUUAACCAAACCACUCAUUUCAUUUCACCCUAACACGUAUAUGCUGCAGAAGCUGUUAACGUAACAUACAGCUGUAAAAAUUAUAAACUGUAAACAAUUGUAAACAAAUCAGUGAAACGAUAACAUUCAUCAUUUUUAGGAAGACUACAUACCCUUUAAACUUCUGAUGUCCAUUUAUUUUUAUACUGUAUUAGCUAUUUGAGGUUUUACGUAAGAAUGGGGUCCAUUUUAAGAAACGGUUAUAUUCACGGUAAACAUCAGUUUGAUUUCUGCUUUUUGCCCAAAACGUCAGUCAAGCUCCCAAGGAUAAAACUUUAAGAAGCACUUAUUCAACUGACGCGGUUAAUUUAUUUCCUGUUUUCCAGACUGUUAGGCUCUCUGUACCCGAGGCCAAAGCACCCCCCACUUUGGCAACUGCUAUAAAAGGCUCCUUGUAUAUUUUUUUUCUUGAAUUAAUAUUUUUGUGGAAUGUAGCCCAGAAUGUAUAGAGACCCAGAAUUGUGUUUUUGCCACACGGCUAUUGACCACUUCUAAAGGAUACAUUAAGGAGUCAAGUAUACCAAGCAAGAAAAAACAACAACCAUUAUUUGAAAAAUGAAUACGUCUUUAUAUUCCAGCAAAGUUCGUAUUUUGAUCUACCUCAUCAUUAGCAGUUUCCAGUCAUCAUCAUUCCUAAUGAAACCCUGCCGUCUGUAUUUCAGGAAGACCCGGUAGGGGCCCGUUGCACUGUCAUACCAGAUUACCAUCUACCAAAUGUUCAGAUGAAAGACGUUCUCAUUUUGUUUUUAAUUUCUAAACUGUUAAAGAAGCAGAAAAAUAGGGGGGAAAGAGAAAUACUGUCGUUCGUCCUGUUAAAUGUAAGUUCUUCAAUGAAUGCCUUAGCUGGCCAGUUGUUUUGUUAUUGUCCGAGCUUUUAAAAUGCUCUAUUGUGCAAUGGACAAGUGAGUCAGCAAUUUUUCUUAGAGAUGCCCAAAGGGAAACGCAUAGUGGACCUCAAGCAGGGAUGAAGGGGCACAGUAGUGUAAUAUCAUGGUACCAUUGAAUUGUACAAAUACUAUAGGGCUCUUAAACUGUGUGUGUGCAUUUGUUUUGAAGCCUUCAUGAUGUUUUGUGACCACUGUGUGUGUUUUACAUGUUAUUAUUAAUCACUAACAUGUCUCAUUUCAAUUUA